UUUUACUGGGUUGUUGUUGUUGAUAUUAUAUACACGAGUUGAUUUAAUUAAAUUCGCUCUAUAAAUACAUACCAUUGGUGGCAUUAGAGAUAACAAACCUAAUCAAGGCAGUAUGUCAAGGAAUGAGAAUGGAUCCACUGAUCUUCUCCGAGCUCAAGCUCAAAUCUGGAACCAUAUGUUCAGCUUCAUAAACUCUUCAGCAACAAAAUGUGCAGUUCAACUAGGCAUCCCAGAUGUCCUCUACAAACAUGGCAAGCCCAUGUCUUUUUCCGAUCUCUCGGCUGAACUUCCUCUCGUGCACCCUUCGAAAGUUCCCUUCUUGACAAUUUUAAUGCGAUUUUUAGUUCAUUCUGGAUUUCUAAAUCAACAUGAUCAAAAUCAUUAUUCUCUAACCCCAGUGAGUCGACUUCUUGCUACGAAUAAUCUAUCGGGUACGAGGUCACACUUUCUCAUCAACCAUAUUCAAUUGCUCCAAAAUGCAUCGUUUGAAUUAACUAGUUGGUUCCAAAAUGAUUCCCCCACUGCUUUUCAUACUGCUCAUGGAAUAUCUUUCUGGGAUUAUUUUGUGGAAAAACCAAAGUUAGGUGAAAGUUUCAAUGUUGCAAUGGCUAGUGACUCUAUGUUGGUUGCUAAUGUGCUUAUUACGGAGUGCAAAUAUGUAUUCGAGGGCUUGAGCUCUUUGGUUGACGUUGGAGGUGGCACGGGCACUGUUGCAAUUGCAAUAGCCAAAGCUUUUCCUAUGAUAAAUUGUACUGUAUUUGAUCUUCCUCAUGUUAUAGGCGAUCUCAAGGGAAGUGGGAACUUGGAGUUUGUCGGAGGAAGUAUGUUUGAUAAGAUUCCUAAUGCUAAUGCCAUAUUACUCAAGUGGAUUCUGCAUGACUGGAGUGACGAAGAUUGUGUGAAGAUACUGAAGAAAUGCAAAGAGGCAAUUCCAUGUAGGGAGAAAGGAGGGAAAGUUAUUAUCAUAGACAUGGUGAUGGAGGAUCCAAUGCUAAUUAGCGAUGAGGAAUUUGUUCGAGCACAACAUAAUAUGGACUUGCUAAUGAUGGUUCUUUGUGCUGCCAAAGAGAGAACUAAGAAGGAAUGGGAGAAGCUCUUCACUGAAUCUGGUUUCACUCAAUACAAAAUAACUCACUCUCUCGGCUCAAGGUCUCUUAUUGAAAUCUACCCUUAAAAAAGUCUUGGCUUACAAAUUUUCUACGCUCGUGAAUCAAUAAGACUUGUUUAUCAUUUAAGGUUCAUAGCAUUGAACUAAUUUAUUUUAAAAUUUUAGGUUCAGACCUACUAUUUGUUGUUAUUUUAGCAUAUUCUUAUGCAAAAGAUUAUGCUUCGAGCCGAAACACUAUAUCCGCCUCUGGCUUUUGUGAAUAAACAUAUAAUUAGCUUAUGAAUUAUAUUAAUAUGUUUGUCUUGA